GGUACAAUAUCUGUAAUCUAUGUGAUAUAUGGACCGUUUUCGUUGGUGCUCAGACGAUGUUGAAAAUUAUGGAUCGACCAAUCAAGAUAGCCUAUAUGAAGAAACAGUAGUUUUACAAAAAACUGGCGUCCGUUUAUACGAUGGACCUAAUCGAAGUGCUUUCGAAGGCGGCUUACUCAAGCUGACGACUCAUCGUAUCUUAUGGUCUGAUCCUUUAGCACUGACAAGUUCUUUUAUAGCUCUUCCAUUGGCUGCUAUAAUUUCUGUAAAGGUUGAGGAGGGUGGUAGUAGUCUAACAGUAAGCCGUACACCGAAAUUGAUUCUUCGUCUGUUAACUGUUGCGGCGCUACAAAAUUUAUUGGCAAGUUUACCGAAUCCUCCGCAGUGGAUUGAACACUGGUGUGAAGGUGGUGGAGGUUCUGGUUCUGGAAUCGACAGUAUCACUUUUAGUGCGACUGCAGUUGUCAGCUAUUCAAAAGAAGAUUAUGUCAAAUUAGGCUUUCCAAUGGCUGGGCAUCAUGAAUUUCUACAGUCUCUAAACGAAGUUCUAAAGGUAAAACUGUGGACAUUGUCUUAUCAUUCAGAUUUUAAAUUGACAUCUAAGUCGUUUGGUACUGGAGGUAUUGGGGCAAUUCAAAGACAACAAGCUGCACGUGCUGUUGAAACUGAUCGUAAUAUUACCGAGGCUUUUGAAGAUUUGAAUCAACUUAUGAACAACGCAAGUGAAAUGGUUAAAUUAAGUCGUCUGUUGGCUAAAAAAGUUCGCGAUACAAAAGGUAGUGAUCUAUCAGCUAAUGAAAUCGCUGAACUACGUUCGGCCAUGCUGUCAAUGGGAGUUGUAGAAGUCGUAAGUGGUGGCGAUGACAGACGAUCCUCAUCAUCACUCAGCGGUACGACUUUCUAUAUUCGAUUAGCUCAUCAGGUAUCGAGUAUACUGUUUCCAUUACUAAAAGGUCAAUGUUCCAAUCAUUCAACUGAUCGCUUACAUACUAGUUGUAUUGAUUUAGCAACAGCUUAUUGUCGAGUUAAUCGUGCACGAGGUAUGGAUCUAAUAUCUCCGGAAGAUUUACUUAGAGCCUGUCGUUAUUUAGAUAAAGAAAAACUACCUAUAAGGUUGAAGGGCUAUGCAAAUGGACUUCUAGUUCUUCAGCUGGCGUCUGAAGACGAAAUGGAAACAUUGAAAUCUACUGUAGAAUUAGUGGAAAAACGCAUUAGUUUGUCAGUAGAUGAACUUGCUCAUAUAGUGAACCUCUCUCCUUUUUUGGCUAAGGCAAGAUUGUUGGCAGUUGAAGAAGUCGGUCUCAUUUGUCGUGAUGAUAGCGAGGCUGGUUUACGUUUCUAUCCGAAUUAUUUCUUAACUCGUCAGGAUUAAAUAUUAUAAUUGGCUUUGAAUUAUAAGUUUCCUUUCACUUUUGUUUUUGCCGAAACUAAUGUUUAUCUUUUUUUGAUCAUUGUAUUCGAAAUAAAAAUGUGAACAAAAGAAAUCUUUAUUUUUUGAUUUUAUAAACCGCAUGUGUAAUUUUUUCACACAAUGAAUAUGAAUAUAAAUAUUUAACCUGAUAAUUCCAUAUCUAUUCAGCACUAAAUAGAUUGUUUAUAAUGAUAAAAUAAAGGUGUAGCGACUUUGUGUAUAUCGUUUCUUCAGCGAAUAGAUGACUAAAUAUUAUGUGAGUGUUAUUUGUAUAUGCUCGUGUGAAAAAUGUAAUACUUAAGUGUAAUCUACUUAAAGUCGUAUCCAUUAGAUUCGGAUAUUUAUCCGUUGAAGAGGCGAUCUACACUAAUUUGCGAAGCUUCAACAAUUUAGUUUUCUACUUGUUAGAGUAUUAUACCCUUAUCGUUAUUUUAUUAUUUUUUAAAAAUGAAUUUGUGAUGAUGAA